AGUUGUCUUCCACGUGACUUCCGGUGAGCUCAUCAUAAUAUAUGCUAAUGAUGUCCAGCUAAAGUAGACCUCUACUUCAGCGACACAAUAUGGCGAGUGAUAGUGAUGAUGGUUUUAUAGCGACGUUUAUUCGUUAUGACUCAGAAAAGUACGAUGAUUUGGACACUUUCCUAGAAAGGUACAGACCAUCUAAAGCUAACCUUGGAUACGCGUGGAUCCUAGUCAGAAAGAACGAAUGUGAAGAAUAUGACACAGAAGAAGAUGACGAAGAAGAAGAUGACGAAGAAGAAGAUGACGAAGAUAACAUACCGGUACAGCUAAAAUGCCAAAGGGAAUUUGAAAAGCUGAAACUAUCAAAUCAAGUUACAUAUGAAAAUAUUAAAGCAAUAGCGAGGAAUAACAAAUAUUUGUCUGGAAAGUGGCUUGUGUACCGGGAUGUCUGUGAUAUUGAUGCAGUCUGGAUGACAAUAGCCAAUGCAGUGUUAGCAAACAAACUUGGUCAAGCGGCUAAGGUCAGCGGUCGAGAUAGUGACGACGACCAUCACGUGAUAUGUGUCUACACAAAGGACUUCACUGACGUGGAUGACGUCAUGAGGGUGAAACUGAUGCUACGUCAGCUUGGCGUCACCGGGAGACUGACGUAUAAACCCGAUAUCUACACGAUACUGGGGAUAUACGCGAAGAAUAAGUGGCAUUUAAAGGCAACGGUUUACAGCUCCACAAACAACUGGUCCGAGAAGUAUAUUCCCAAGCCUGAAGCACAGCCUGGCAAGAGUAUUGUCUUCCACAAAGACUACUAUUCGUUUCUGAAGUGGUUUAAAUCGACUUGCGGACGUAAUCAGUAGCCUGCCAAGAGUAUUGUCUUCCACAAAAACUAUAGUGUGGGAGCCAAGUGAGAUUUAAUUAACUAUAAAUAUCAAGUAUUAUAUCUACAGUACGAAAAUACAGAAAAAAACAUUAAAUAUAAAUAGUGUUAAAAAUAUGUAAAAAACAACUAAAUUUGAUAUCGAAAAAUCUUUUAAAAAAUUGUAGCUUUGAAACAUUCCAUAAGAAAUUUAGCUUGUCUGGAAAUAAAUUUCGUCCAAAGCAAACCUUCUUAACUGUUUUUCACAAUAUUGCCUUCUUUCAAUGUUUUUUUUUUUUCUUCUUUUACUAUUCUGUUUUGAUUUUAAGUUAAAUUACAUCUUAUACAUUAUCCCUAUACAUGUGAAAUAAUAAUACAGUAGUAGUAAUGGUAAUGAUAGCAGUGGUGGUGAUGAUGAUGAUGAUGAUAAUGAUAAAUGUACUAUUUUCUAUUGCAAUUUAUCCUUCAAUCUUUCUUUCUUUUUUUCUCUCCUUCUCUUUAUUUCUAUUAUUUCUAGCUUCUCUGUUAACCCCAUAAAACAAUGGACUACGUUUUACAUGUAUCUAUGUCCAUUAUUACUGUUCGAUUAAUGUGAUACAUAUAUAUAUAUAUAUAUAUAUAUAUAUAUAU